CAAUUUUCUGCGGUGACAGAUUUGUGAAUCAUCAGAGGGUUUGGUUUUUUUAUUUCAGAGAAAGAAUAGGUGAAGUUAUUUGGCGUUAAGGUUCCCUGCUGUGAAGAUGCUGCCGUUUCUCCUUCUUCUGUUAACAUCCACAAAAGAUGGCCAUACUCAACGUGUGCUCGGCCAGAAUAAGGACGGCUCCUGUCACUGCGAAGUGAACUCCACCAUGUGGUCCUUCCCGGCACUGAAGUACGAGGCCGUGCUGCUGCAGGUUCAAACCUGCAAGGGAUCUCUGAGCAGUCUGCAGGAACAAAUGUUGCUCUCCAGCAAUUAUCUUCCUCAGAUCCAGGCUCAACUUGUGAAUGUGACAGCUCGACUUCAGCCCUUUCAGUACCUACAUCACCAGGGUUUGUACACCGCUCUGUCCCUGCGCCUGCUGGGCCAAGAGCUCAGCAAGCUGGAGAUUGACCUCAGCUCAAUCCACACCCAGCUAAACAACACACAGACACAGAAACUGUCCAAAGAGAUGGGUAAACUUCGUAAAGAUUUGGAAAGGAUACAAAACUCAGACAUUAUUAACAUAAAGACUGUAAAAGAAACUCUGCGCUACCUGAAGAACAGUGUGGAGUCUUGCAAGACAAUCCCCAAAGACUUUAGAGGCCAGCAAAGGUACUGCCUUAAGGGUCUAAUUACCAACAUCAGUGAACCAAUCACGACCAAAAUCAGUCCCUAUGGGAAGAGCUACAUUUCUGGAUCAUGGGGCAGACAGGCACAGAUAGACACAGAGGGAGAGAAGGAUAGUUACUGGGUUCAACCUCUGGUCAGCAGCCAUAUCUGGGGAAACACUUUCCGUGUUUACCAGACAUAUGAGGACUUCAUGGCAUCUGUCAAACAUAGGGACUAUACCUUUGCUCCAUCCUACUCUCAUGCUAAUGCCAUCGAGGGUCCAAGUGGCGUCCUGUACGGUGAAGCUCUCUACUAUAACUGCUUCCGCUCUGCCGACAUCUGCCGCUAUGACCUGAAGACCAACACUGUUAAACGGGUUACCCUUCCAGGCACUGGUGUGGGCUUCAACAAUAAGUUUCCAUACUGUUACUAUGACUGCCGCCUGAAUAGUGAUGUGGAUGUGGAGGCUGAUGAAACCGGACUGUGGGUGCUCUACGCCACUGUCGGCAACCACGGUAAUCUGGUAGUGAGCAGGUUAGCUUGGGACGGCGAAGCUCAGACUCUCAAUGUUACACAGACCUGGGAGACAAGGCUUUUCAAGAAGGCAGUAAGCAAUGCUUUCAUGGUGUGUGGUGUAAUGUAUGCCACCCGUUAUCUGGAUGAAUACAGGGAGGAAGUGUUCUAUGCCUUCGACACAGCGACGGGUAAAGAGGACAACUCACUUGCACUGCCACUGGAAAAGGUAGUUAAAGGAGUGGCUAGUCUGAGCUACAACCCCGUCAACAAGAGGAUCUACAUGUAUAAUGAUGGAUAUCUUCUGGCUUAUCAGACCUACUUUUGAUUUAAUGAAUCUUUCAGCUUUGCUGAUGCAGCACAACACUUUUAUACUAGAGCUUCAAAAAGUACAACACUGUUUCAAUCCUUGUAACACAACGUUGGCUAAGCAAAAGUAUUUGCUUAACAACAACAGUAACAAUUCAACAAUGUUGGCUGCACUCCAGAGCUGGCUGAACAACUAUGGCUAGUCAGCAAUGUUGUUUAAUCAAUGAUGUUGGCUGAAAAACAACAUUGAUCAAUUUACAUUGUUUGUACAUUCAUAAUGUGUGACCAGCCAUAAUAUUUGUAUGAUCCUGCAACAAUAUUACCCUAACAAAGUUGUCAAAGAUUUUGCCAGACAAUAUGAUCAGAGUUUGUCCAAUGUAAAGGGUAAAUCCUGUAGAUGUUGAUUGUUAACUUCCAAUAUUAGACUUUAUUGUCAAAAGUACCCUUAAUAGCACUGUGAUUUUGCAUAUGUAUGCACACUUCUAAAUAAAUGUAUGUCAAAUUUA